AUGGGAUUCCCCCGUGGUUGUCACAAGUUCUACGUCUUUGGCAUCUUCGACAUCGAUCAGCAGAUGUACCUUCGUGCCGACCUCACGUUCGAUAUUUGCAAGAAGCUUGGAUGGGACCAUGCCCCAAUCAUCAAGCAUCAGACGACGCUCAAUGACUUUGCCAAAAACAUCGAUGAGCAUGAUUUGGUAGAGAUGUUGGUGCCAACUACCAAUCCGCUGGUUUGGGAACCGUAA